GCUCGUUCUGCGAGAAUAGUAUUCGUUUGGAAUGCGGAGGAAUCCGGGUACCAUUUGCUUUUGGCGAAAGUUUUGAUGCUCAUUUUCGUAGAUGCCGACGAGAACGCCAUUUCUGCUGUCACAGAAGUGGGGGAAUAACGAGAAGCUUCGGAUUCAUCAAUAUGUCGUCCAUCGGGUCCCCCAUGCUGGAGGCCGCUAGGUCUCGAAAACGGUGUCGCCGGCCUUCGGUCCCGAGGAAAAUAGAUCUACCUGUUGAGAUAUAAAUUGGACACAAUGCCAUUCAUCUUUGAGACUUCUGGACCAAAUUGAUCGGUAUAUGCUUCAGACUGCCUGUAUCGUUUCACGUACAGAACCUCACUUCAUUUUGACACGAUCACUACCUGCCUUUACCUCCAGCGUCUUAACACCAUGGCUUUGCACCAAACCAUCAAGACUACUACCCUUACUUGCGAGCAACCAACUGGACUCUUUAUCAACAAUGAGUUCAUACCGGGCGUUGAGGGUAAAACGUUCCAGACCAUCAACCCUCAUGAUGAAAAGCCCAUUGUUGCAGUCCAUGAAGGCAACGAACGAGACGUGGACAUUGCCGUCCAGGCUGCACGGAGGGCUCUGAAUGGCGAAUGGAAGCAAAUCACGCCUUCCAAGCGUGGUCAGCUUCUCAUCCGGCUCGCAGAGCUAUUGGAACGUGAGACAGAGACUCUGGCUGUUAUUGAAGCGAUAGAUAAUGGGAAAGGUGUGAGCAUGGCCCGAGGCGAUGUCGCCGCGUCUGCAGGUUGCAUCCGAUAUUAUGGCGGUUGGGCGGACAAGAUCUAUGGGCAAACUAUCGACACGGACUCGGGUAGUCUCACCUACACCAGACAUGAGCCGGUGGGAGUGUGUGGCCAGGUUAUCCCCUGGAACUUCCCACUGUUGAUGUGGGCUUGGAAGAUUGGCCCUGCGAUUGCAACCGGGAACACCGUGGUGUUGAAGAGUGCGGAGCAGACUCCGCUAUCCGCCCUAUACGCUGCCAAACUAGUCAAGGAGGCUGGCUUUCCACCCGGAGUGAUUAACAUCAUUUCAGGGUUUGGCAAGACCGCCGGGGCCGCCAUCGCCGCUCACAUGGACAUCGACAAGGUUGCGUUUACCGGGUCUACGAUGGUGGGUCGACAGAUUCUCCAGACCGCAGCCAAAAGCAACCUCAAAAAGGUUACUUUGGAACUUGGGGGCAAGUCCCCGAAUAUCGUAUUUCCGGAUGCCGAUUUGGAAGAUGCGAUUGCAUGGGUGAAUUUCGGAAUCUAUUUUAACCAUGGCCAAUGCUGCUGUGCUGGAUCCCGCAUCCUGGUGCACGAGUCAGUCUAUGACCAAUUCCUAGAGAAGUUCGGCCAACGUGCGCGGCAGAACAAGGUCGGCGAUCCCAUGAGCACCGAGACGUUUCAAGGUCCCCAGAUCUCGCAGUUGCAAUUCGACCGUAUUAUGGGGUACAUUGACGAGGGCAAAAAAGCCGGGGCCAAGGUGGUUGCCGGCGGCUGUCGCUUGGGCUCAACAGGAUAUUACAUCGAACCGACUAUCUUCUCCGAAGUUAACGAAAACAUGAGUAUUGUGAAAGAAGAGAUCUUCGGCCCUGUGUGUACCGUCCAGAAGUUUAGCACGGAGGCCGAAGCAAUCCAACUGGCCAAUGACACCAAUUACGGAUUGGCUGCAGCUGUUCACUCCAAGAAUAUCGACACAGCACUUCGUGUGUCGAAUGCCGUGAAAGCUGGAACGGUUUGGGUCAACAAUUACAAUACGCUUCACUACCAGAUGCCAUUUGGCGGCUUCAAGGAGUCCGGGAUGGGUCGGGAGCUGGGCUCGUACGCGCUGGACAACUACACGCAGGUGAAGACGGUUCGCGUCCGUAUUAGCGACAAUUAAGCUGAAUAGGCAACUGUGUCAAUGGUUCUUGCUUUGCUGAGUCCCUCUUUCUCACUUUUAUUUUUAUUUUUAUUUUCUGUCGUGUUUUGUGGAAGAAUUGGCAUCUGGGAAGUUUGGAUUUACUCUGCUCAACCCUUCAACAGGGAUGCAAUGCACCCAUAGCGCUUAUAGCAUGCGGUUCCUCAGAUUAGAUUUUAUGGGUUAUAGUCGCUUGAGCUAUCAGUGAAUUAUAAAAUAUCGUCUGUC